AUGAGCGCGGACUCGGCGUGCCAACCCACCGACAUUGGCGAUCCAGAAUGGUCCGCGUUUCUGCUCCCGUCGACGCCUGGCUCUGCCCUUGCCACGACCACUCCAUCCCCUUCGAAUUGUAACCAAGAUGCUUCGCCCUCAGCUCUAUCAACAGCAUUGCUGAGCAGUCAACAAACAAGACCACGCGAACGGUCAAGUCCGAAGCCCAAGGUGGCCAACUUGCUCACCCUGACCGAGCUACGCAAAGCAGCAUGGUCGCGAAUCUACUCGAGUGGCAUUAAAAACGGCGAUGCAGCCAUUUCGACGAUUCGCGUACCGACAUGGAAGCAGUUUGACACGCUCAUGAUCAAACGACACCGUUUCAUCGCGGUCGAUCCACGCGAUAAUCGUACACUGGGCUGGAUUGCUUGCUUCCAUCCCUACCCGCAGUGGUCUGUACUGUACGACGACGAUCUGGAUUCGACAGCGAUCGACAGCGCGCAUGGACGCCAAGGCAGGCCGGCGGAAGUUCAAAUCAUGGUGGCAGAGGGUGAGAGGGAGAGAGGAGUUGGUACGCUUCUCGUCAAAGCGGUCGUGGCAUCGUUGAGAGCAGACAGCAGGUACUCGACAAUACAGGCAUCCUUCUUCGCCGAAAAUGACGCGGCACGCAAGCUGUUUGAGCGUUGCGAGUUUGAGCUCGUGUGCACCAGAACGGGUGCUGUCAGAAUGCUAGAUGGUCCUCAAAAGGGUGCUUGGAGGGACCUGAUCACCGUGGAAUACAGGUUCUCAUCACUUGAAGAGCAAUCACCACAGCAAUAUUUGCCAAACUCAACAAGGCUCCCCUCAAACAUCGACAAUGACGCCAUUGUUGACCCAAAUGCAGUGCUCAAACGACCGAGAUUAAGUUAA